UCGCUUUGUUACACUCUCACUGUCACUUUCUCACCUAUCUCUCUCGCUUUGUUACACUCUCACUGUCUCACACUCUCACCUAUGUCCCUCUAUUGCUCCCGCGUUCUCACUCGAUAUAUUCCACCUGCUCCCUCUCACUCUCUCCCCCUCGCCCUCCCUCUCACACGCUCCCUUUCUCGCACUCUCACUCACCUCUCUCUCUUUUGCUCCUCGCUCGGGGAUGCAGGGAGGGAGGGGAGGGAUGCAGGGAGGGUGACAGGGAAUACAUCUCCGAUGAGCGAGCUAAAUAAUUUCACCAUGCAGAGAGGGAGGGAGGGAGGCAUCUGUCUGGAGCGCUCCUCACCCUCUCACUCUCUCACAGUGCCACUGCUGCUGCUGCUGUUGCUACUGCGAUUCACCCCCCUCCUGCUGCUGCUGCUGCUGUGGCUCUCAGUCUGCGAGCUGUGCAGGGAUUUCUACCUGGGGGAGUGCUCCGUGCACGGCCCGCCAGAGUUCAUCGCGGACGCGGCCGUGGCCCCGGGAGUGGCCGACAGGGCCCGGCUCAGCCUGCCCCAGGGCCUCACCGUCGGCGCCUCCUCCAUCGCCGGCGCCGGCCUCGGGGUGUGGAGCAACAGGAAGAAGCUGCCCAAGGGGGUGAUGUUUGGGCCCUACCAGGGAGAGGUGUCUGAGGAGAACCCCGUGAGCGAGUACUGCUGGCUGAUUUACAAAAACAAAAAGGAUCGUGAAUAUGUUGAUGCUCAGGAUGAAUCAAAAUCAAAUUGGAUGAGGUUCGUCAACUGCGCGAGGAAUGAGCAGGAGCAGAACCUGGUGGCCUUCCAGCACCGGGGGCAGAUUUACUACCGCACGUUCCGUGCCGUGGGGCCCGGCUCUGAGCUGCUGGUCUGGUACGGCGAGGAGUUCGCCCAGGAGCUGGGCAUCGCCUGCGAGGCCGGGCCCUCGCGACGCCGCAGCAGCAGCAGCAGCAGCGAGUUGGCUCCCAGGGCCACCGCCAGAGACCUGCAGCCCGUGCAGCCUCCACCAAGCGAGGAACACUGUGAGCACCGCUCACCAGAGACUCACCACUGCUCACCAGACUAUAGCCACUACUCACCAGAGAUGAUAGCCACCACUCACCAGAGAUAUGGCUGUUGGGGACCUUUACCUUUGUAUAUACACACACGUGUUCAAGAGUGCUCAUGUCUAGGUGUUGGUGUGUGCGUCUUGUGCCUCUGGGAUGACGCAGGUGUAGUGGGUGUGGAGGUCACAAGGCUGCCGUGUCCUGCCUGCAACCGUCAGUUCAUCUUCCGCUCUAGUCUAGAGCAUCACGUGCAGAGGAGACACCCCACUAAGCCCAGUAACAAAAGUCAUCAGUGUGACCAAUGUCCAUACAGCACAGACCGCAAGAGUAGCUUGAAGAUACACCAGAGAACACACACGAGAGAGAAGCCGUUCAAGUGCACCGUGUGUGAGAAGGCGUUUGCACAUCUACAACAUCUUCACAACCACCAGAGAACACACACGGGAGAGAAGCCGUUCAAGUGCACCGUGUGUGAGAAGGCGUUUGCACAACUACCACAUCUUCACAGCCACCAGAGAACACACACGGGAGAGAAGCCGUUCAAGUGCACCGUGUGUGAGAAGGCGUUUGCACAUCUACAACAUCUUCACAGCCACCAGAGAACACACACGGGAGAGAAGCCGUUCAAGUGCACCGUGUGUGAGAAGGCGUUUGCACAACUACCACAUCUUCACAGCCACCAGAGAACGCACACGGGAGAGAAGCUGUUCAAGUGCACCGUGUGUGAGAAGGCGUUUGCACAACUACCAGAUCUUCACAGGCACCAGAGAACACACACGGAAGAGAAGCCGUUCAAGUGCACCGUGUGUGAGAAGGCGUUUGCACGGCUAUCAGAUCUCCACAGCCACCAGAGAACACACACGGGAGAGAAGCCGUUCAAGUGCACCGUGUGUGAGAAGGCGUUUGCAUUACUAUCAACACUUCAUAGCCACCAGAGAACACACACGGGAGAGAAGCCGUUCAAGUGCACCGUGUGUGAGAAGGCGUUUGCACGGCCAUCAACACUUCACAGGCACCAGAGAACACACACGGGAGAGAAGCCGUUCAAGUGCACCGUGUGUGAGAAGGCGUUUGCAUUACUAUCAACACUUCAUAGCCACCAGAGAACACACACGGGAGAGAAGCCGUUCAAGUGCACCGUGUGUGAGAAGGCGUUUGCACGGCCAUCAACUCUUCACAGCCACCAGAGAACACACACGGGAGAGAAGCCAUUCAAGUGCACCGUGUGUGAGAAGGCGUUUGCACGGCCAUCAACACUUCACAGCCACCAGAGAACACACACCGGCCAGAAUGCAUUUUCUCAUCCACGUGAAAACAGAAAAGUCAGCCAUCCUGAGCACAAAGCGCACAGCGCCGAGCUGUGAAUUAGUUUCAAACAACAGGCCACGUGAUUAGCCGAGGCUGUGCCACUCUUGAAACUGAUUUUGAACGUGAACACGGAAACCUACGGAAUCCUCCUACACCUGCCUCACACCCUGUGGGGGGCGGGAGAUUAAACCGGUCCCAACCACUGCACGUCCCCACCCCACCCCCACCACCUGGGGGUCCCUGUGUGUGUGAGUGUGCAGAGUCCCCCGUGCAGAGCUGCACUGUUGUUACCCUAGAGGGGGGCACCGCAGGGCGAUCCACCUACAGAUACCCCAGUCUGCACGUCUCCCGCCGCUCUCCGUGAGCACCGCGUGCCGACUCGUAGCCCUGCCCCGUGCGACGUACGUACAGUGCGUACCCAUCCAGCGGUAGGCCGAACCGCGGCCGAUGACGAAGGUGGCGUCCGCUCACGAAUCUCCGUGCACUCAGUCCCGUAGC